AUGUCAUAUAAAGAUAAUUCAAAAUAUGAGAAAGAUGAUAUAGAUUUAAAAGAAGUUGUAACUGACCAUGCAUCUUCAAUAAAAACUGACGAUUCAUCUUCAACAACGAGUCAUUCAACAAAUGGUGUCGAUAGCAGAUGUUUUUCAAUUUUUAACUUUCUUUCACGUAACAAGAAAGAAGAACGUAAGAAAAUUAAUAAUUCUUCAGAAAAAGACAUAAGUAUUCUAAAUAAAAAUACUUCUUUCGGAAUAUUAAAACCCGAAAUAAGCCAAAAUGGUGAGAGUAUCAUUACUGCCAAAGAAGAUAAUAAAAAUA